GCACUGACUGGAUGAAUUAUUGAUCAGAUGUUCUCCUUCUUGCCUGUUUUACCAUCACAGAGACUGCGGGUGGGAGCCGCCGCCGCUGCUGCUGCUGUUAGGAUGGGAAACAGGAAGUGAACGUCACUGACACAGGAAUGGGACUGAAAAAGGAAAACACCAUCAUGAUGAGGAGAAUGUCAAAUCCACUCGUGUAGGAAACAAAAAUCCUCGUUUCAUCUCCAGGAAAAAAGGAUGAAUGUUCGUGUCCGAGCUGAAAUUGAGGCAUCAGGAAGGGCACUGGCGUGUUGCUAAAUGGAGUCGGAGCAGCUGUAUCACAGAGGCUACUGCAGGAACAGCUACAACAGCAUCGCCAGCGCCAGCAGUGACGAGGAGCUGCUGGAUGGAGCCGGCGUUAUCAUGGACUUCCACACCACAGAGGACGACAACCUGCUGGAUGGGGAUGCUACCUCCCCAGGGUCUAACUACGUCAUGUCUAACGGGGGCGGGGCACCCAGCAGCACCACCCACCUGUUGGACUUCCUAGAGGAGCCCAUCCCUGGUGUGGGGACCUACGACGACUUCCACACCAUCGACUGGGUCCGUGAGAAGUGCAAGGACCGCGAGAGGCACCGGAAGAUUAACAGUAAGAAAAAGGAGUCAGCAUGGGAGUUCACAAAGAGCCUGUACGAUGCCUGGUCUGGGUGGCUGGUGGUGACGCUCACUGGCUUGGCCUCAGGUGCUUUGGCUGGCCUGAUUGACAUUGUUGCUGAUUGGAUGAACGACCUGAAGGAGGGCGUGUGUCUGAGCGCCAUGUGGUUCAACCACGAGCAGUGCUGCUGGACUUCCAAUGAGACCACCUUCGCUGAGCGGGACAAGUGUCCUCAGUGGAAGAGCUGGGCUGAGCUAAUACUGGGGCAGGCUGAGGGGCCCGGCUCAUACAUCAUGAACUACUUCAUGUACAUCUACUGGGCUCUGUCCUUCGCCUUCCUGGCUGUCUGUCUGGUCAAGGUGUUCGCUCCCUACGCCUGCGGCUCUGGGAUCCCUGAGAUUAAGACCAUCCUGAGUGGGUUUAUCAUCCGGGGAUACCUGGGCAAGUGGACCCUGAUGAUCAAGACCAUCACUCUGGUGCUGGCUGUGGCGUCUGGCCUCAGCCUGGGGAAGGAGGGUCCCCUGGUCCACGUGGCCUGCUGCUGUGGGAACAUCUUCUCCUACCUCUUCCCCAAGUACAGCAAGAACGAGGCCAAGAAACGAGAGGUUCUCUCUGCUGCUUCGGCGGCUGGGGUGUCUGUUGCUUUUGGUGCCCCAAUUGGAGGAGUGCUCUUCAGCUUGGAGGAGGUGAGCUACUACUUCCCUCUUAAGACGUUGUGGCGCUCCUUUUUUGCCGCCCUGGUGGCAGCCUUCGUCCUGCGCUCCAUCAACCCGUUUGGUAACAGCCGUCUGGUACUGUUCUACGUGGAGUACCACACGCCGUGGUACCUGUUUGAGCUCAUCCCUUUCAUCCUUCUGGGAGUUUUCGGAGGCCUCUGGGGCGCCUUCUUCAUCCGGGCCAACAUUGCUUGGUGUCGGCGGCGCAAGUCGACACGCUUCGGCAAGUACCCAGUGUUGGAGGUAAUCUUUGUGGCGGCCAUCACAGCUGUGGUUGCUUUCCCAAACCCAUACACUCGUCAGAACACCAGCGAGCUGAUAAAGGAGCUGUUCACAGACUGUGGGCCGCUGGAGUCUUCGCAGCUCUGCCAGUACCGCAGCCAGAUGAAUGGCAGUAAGGCCUUCACCGACAACCCCAACCGGCCGGCAGGGCCCGGCGUCUACGCCGCCAUGUGGCAGCUCUGCCUGGCGCUCAUCUUUAAAAUCAUCAUGACUAUAUUCACCUUUGGACUCAAGGUACCGUCAGGCUUGUUCAUCCCCAGCAUGGCUAUCGGGGCAAUCGCAGGGCGAAUCGUUGGCAUCGCCGUGGAGCAGCUGGCCUAUUAUCACCACGACUGGUUCUUGUUCAAAGAGUGGUGUGAGGUGGGAGCAGACUGCAUCACUCCAGGGCUCUACGCCAUGGUGGGGGCCGCGGCAUGUCUGGGCGGUGUAACCCGUAUGACUGUCUCCCUGGUCGUCAUUGUCUUCGAGCUGACCGGUGGGUUGGAGUACAUCGUCCCCCUCAUGGCUGCCGUCAUGACCAGCAAAUGGGUGGGCGAUGCGUUUGGCCGUGAGGGAAUCUACGAGGCCCACAUCCGUCUGAACGGUUACCCCUUCCUGGACGCCAAGGAGGAAUUCACACACAUCACACUGGCCAGAGAGGUGAUGAGGCCUCGACGCAGCGACCCGCCCUUAGCGGUGCUGACGCAGGACGACCUGACGGUGGAGGAGCUGCAGAGCACUAUCAAUGAAACCAGUUAUAAUGGUUUCCCUGUGAUAGUGUCCAAGGAGUCCCAGAGGCUGGUGGGCUUCGCUCUGCGCAGGGACAUCACUAUCGCUAUCGAAAAUGCUCGUCGCAAGCAGGAGGGCAUCAUGUUGAACUCCAGGGUGUACUUCACCCAGCACGCACCCACCCUGCCGGCUGACAGCCCUCGGCCCCUCAAACUGCGCUCCAUCCUGGACAUGAGCCCCUUUACCGUCACCGACCACACCCCCAUGGAGAUCGUGGUGGACAUCUUCAGAAAGAUGGGGCUGCGCCAGUGCCUGGUCACUCACAACGGGAAUGUGUUGGGCAUCAUCACAAAGAAGAAUAUAUUAGAGCAUCUGGAGGAGCUCAAGCAGCAUACGGAGCCCUUGGCGGCUUCUUGGUAUUAUCACAAAAAAAGAUAUCCUUCGUCACAUGGCUCAAAUGGCAAACCUAGAUCCCGAGUCCAUCAUGUUCAACUGAUCCGCUCCUUCCAGGACGGCCGGGGGGGAGGGGCAGACGACAGCGAGGAGGAGGUGCACCUCCUGGAUGGCUCCAAUCUCUGACAUCGGACCCCGUUUUUCUUCUUUUUUUCUUUUUUCUCAGCUGUAGACCCUGAACCUCGCAGACUGACUGUGGGUCCCAGAGACUUGAAUGAGAGGGAAAAGACACGAUAAACGACUUUGUUAUUCUGGCUGCUAUGGUCACGGAGGUCACGGGUUGAAGGCACACACACACAAGUGUCCCCAAAAUCCCCAAAACACACACUUUUGCAUUGCAGACACCUCAAACAUGCAUGCUCUCUCUUCACAUACACAUAACCUGUAAAGAUUUCCCCCUUUGCACUCUUCAUGUGCCUCACCCUUGUCCCAUCUCCGUGGAGGUCGUGGUAGCCGUCGCCUGGCAGAGGUCAGAGGUCAGAAUGAACCGCUGAUGAGGGACGCGAUGAGGGACCUUAAACCUCCAGGCUUCUGUUCAAAUAAACUCCCCCGCACACACACACCUGACCUGUCCGUCCUCCGGAGAAAGUGUGUGUGUGUGUGUGUGUGUGUGUGUGUGUGUGUGUCCCCGUCCUAGCAGCACUACAUUCCAGUCAGGUUACCAUGGGAACAGAGGACGUGCACCUGCUGAAACUGGCAAAAAGCCACGAUCGCAUGUUGGUCUAAAUGUGGUGGGUGUGUGUGUGUGGGAGAGAGAGAGGGUUAGAUGGGUACUAUAUUUUAAGAACAAAAAUGUUCCCUUUCAGAUGGAAGUGAGUGUGUUUUUUUUUUUUUUUUUUUUUCUCAGCCAGCUUUAGCUGUGUGUGUGUGUGUCUCUCACAGGUCGAGUGUGUGUACGUAAAGGAAAACAAAAAGACAGUGUCCACGUUGAGUUAUUCUGUGUACUCUGUUACAGGACACAAAAUAUAUAAACAUUUCCUUUUUCUUCUCAAACUAUUAUUCUUGCCACUUUUAGACUAUUGAUCUUGCUAUAAUCAAUUAGGGUUUUAUGACUUAAAGCAAAACAAAACUGGAAAUCUGCACUGUUUUAAGUGAUCGGUUAGUGUGAUUGGAGAAGGACGGUGUAAAUGCUACAUGGAGACUUCUUGUUUUCUUUUUCUGAAAUCUGUCCACAUCUCUGGGUGAUAACAUUGUAUAUUUUCAAACAAAAACUAUUUUUUUCGUAUAUUAUAUUCCCAUUAGUUUAUCAGAGGAAAGCUACUGUUAAACACUUCGUACAUCUUUGGACGCAUGAACCUAAUUGUCCACCUGGAAAAGACACCAAAAAAAAAAAAAAA